AUGGAGAACGCCGCCGACCAGCCCAAGGAGCCCUCCAAGAGCGCCUUGAAGAAGGCCGAGAAGCAGGCCAAGAUGGCCGCCGACAAGGCCGCUAAGGCCGCUAAGCAGGCUGCCCUCCCCGUUGUGGGUGGAAAGAAGACCGACGAUAUCAUUGGUAUCACCGUCACCAAGGCAGAGAACUUCCCAGCAUGGUAUCAAGAGGUUGUCCUCAAGGGCGAGAUGGUCGAAUACUACCAGGAGAUUUCUGGCUUCUUCGUCCUGCGUCCUCUGUCAAUGCAUAUCUGGAACGUCAUCCGAAAAUGGUUCCAGGAGCGCAUCGAGCUUAUGGGUGUUGAGGAGACCAGCUUCCCCAUGUUCCUGUCCUCCAAGUCACUGGAGAAGGAGAAGGAUCACGUCGAGGGCUUUGCCCCCGAAUUGGCUUGGGUUACGAAAGCUGGUGACAAGGAUCUCGAAGUCCCUGUCGCAAUCCGCCCUACCUCCGAAGCCGUCAUGUACCCUUACUACUCCAAGUGGAUUCGAAGCCACCGAGAUCUCCCCCUUCGAUUGAACCAGUGGAACUCUGUUGUUCGGUGGGAGGCUAAGCAGACCACUCCUUUCCUUCGAACAAGAGAAUUUCUCUGGCAGGAGGGCCACACUGCCCACCUGACCGAGGAGCUUGCUGGAAAGGAAGUUUUGGAGAUUCUGGAGCUAUAUGCUGGCGUCUACGAGCAGCUUCUGGCUGUCCCCGUUGUCCGAGGACGCAAGACAGAGAAUGAAAAGUUCGCCGGUGGUUACUACACCACUACCGUCGAGGGCUACAUUCCUUCCAACGGACGUGGUAUUCAGGGUGCCACCUCUCACUGCCUUGGCCAGAACUUUAGCAAGAUGUUCGACAUCACCGUUGAGGAUCCUGCCAACAAGGGUUCACACAUCCACGUCUGGCAAAACUCCUGGGGUCUGUCUACCCGUGUCAUUGGUGUCAUGAUCAUGGUACACGGUGAUGACAAGGGCCUUGUUCUCCCUCCUCGAAUUGCCAAGACCCAAGUCGUCAUGAUCCCCGUCGGCAUCAAUAAGAGCACCACUCCCGAGGAUCGCAAGAAGCACGAGGAGCAGCUUGAUAGCAUCAGGGAUACCCUCAGGAAAGCUGGUGUCCGAUCUGAGUCUGACUGGAGAGAGGGCUACACCCCUGCUUGGAAGUUCAACGACUGGGAGCUGAGGGGCGUUCCCCUCCGAAUUGAAUUUGGACCCAAAGACGCCGCCAAGGAAGUUGUCAGCUGGGCCAGACGAGACACUGGUGAGAAGGGUACUAUCCCUAUUGCCGAGGUCGCUACCAAGGUUCCUGAGCUUCUGGAGACUAUCCAGCAGGACAUGUACAACAAGGCCGAGAAGUCCUUCCGAGAGCACCGCCUGCAGAUCACUAAGUGGGAAGACGUGCUCCCCUCCCUGGACAACAAGAAUGUUGUUCUGAUUCCCUUCUGUGGCGACGGCAAGUGUGAAGAUCGUAUCAAGGAGCUUACGACCCGCGAAGAUACCCAGCCCGAUGUCCCUGAGAGCCAAAAGCUUCCCUCCAUGGGCAUGAAGAGUUUGUGUAUUCCCUUUGAGCAGCCUGAGGGCGUUGUUGCCGGCGAGACAGAAUGUCUUAGCCCAGAGUGCCAGCGCAAGGCACAGUUCUGGACCAUGUUUGGCAGAAGCUACUAA